AUGUCGGAGUCCUUGCACACGAUAGAAUUAAGAGCCGUCAUAUCCAUAAGGAUGGAGGAUGAAGAAUUGUUAGUUAGAACCGUCGAACUACACUACAUCACAGACGGACACAUCCUACGAUUCGAACAUCACGAUGAAAAUUCAUCCAGUUUAUGGCAAUUUCCCGGCAUGUAUGCUACUAGGCGGACUAUCACAGCUACUCCAGCAAACUUGAGCCAAUUAGAAACAGCGCUACUCUUUUUUACGAUGGUCCUUAUAGAAUUAGACUGCGAAGUAUUGGUCGAUCCCCAUAUAGGUCUAAAAGAUAAAGCCCCAGAGUAUCAUUUCGUUUUCGAUGGGAAAUGGAAAAAACCCAAGGAUUUGAUCAUCUGUCCACGAUUACGUAGUAGGAGAUGUCCUACUCUGAUAGAGUAUUAUCAGUGGGAAUACAAUAGAAGUAUAGAGGCGACGAAGAAAACUCUCAAAAUAUUCGAUGUAAAAUUGCUACCUCUAUGGCGUCGUUGCAUUUGCCAAGCGCCGGCUACUAGAGUUGCUAUAGAUUUGAUGGAGACCGACAUUGUGAAAAUGAAGAUGAAAGACUCCUCCCUGCACGGUUUAACGUGUUUGAGGUGA